UCUCUCUUCCGAUUAUAUAGACCAUUCACUGCCUGUACAAAAUCUUUAUGAGAUACCCAGACUUGGUUUUCGAUUUUUUCCUUCUCUUUCAACAGAUUAACGUCUAAUUUACGAUUUCUCCUCCUGUGGGAGAUCUCAUGAGCCAUCGUAUCGUCAGCCUCGGCUUUGAGAGGGCAGUUUUCAAACCACUCGCCACGAACUCACUGAGAAGCCCAAGUCUUUUAUCGCCGCCGAGAGCCGGGGUCAAGUCUACUAGCAGACAAGGAAGGCCAUCUUACCACCCUCAUCUCAGCCACCAAUUUUUCUCCUCCCAGUGUCAACGACGCCGCGACGUAGCCAGCAUGGCGUCUGCUGCCGAGGAUAGUCCCGCGACAUCACCCACGUCUGGGGUGGUGAAUGAGCCUGUCACUGAAGAAGAGAAGGCGCCGCCCGCACUGCCACCGCUGUCGGCGCAUGAGUUCAAGCAGUACAACAGGCUAGCAGAGCACAUGGAUUAUUUUCAUGAGCACUUCCGCCGCUCCUGGACAACCCUCUACACCGCAGCCUCAUCGGGCCGCAGGCCGGCGGGCAUGGGCCUCAAGCAGUUCCUGGACGAGGGCCUGUCGCUCAUCAGCCACCUCACGACGCACCACAACAUAGAAGAGACGUACGUCUUCCCCGUGCUGGCGCGCAAGAUGCCCGAGUUCCAGGCGGGCGGGCGGGGCGGGCGCAAGGCGGCAGAGUUGCUGCAGCAGCAUAAGGAGAUUCACAAGGGGAUGGACGGCAUGGAGGACUACUUGCGCAGGUGCAGGAAUGGGGAGACGGACCUGGAGAUGAGCGUGCUGCGGACGCAGAUGGAUACUUGGGGAGAGGUGCUGUGGAAGCAUCUGGACCAGGAAGUGAAGACGCUGGGGGCGGACAAUGUGAGGCGGUAUUUUACGCUGGACGAGGUCAAGAGGAUACCUAUGUGAAGGGGGUUUUUUUUCUUCUCCCUCUCUCGUUCAUUCUGCUGUCUUCCUUUCCCUCCCUUUUUUCCUUCUUUUUCCCUCUCUCUCAUAUCUCUCUUGUCACCGCAUGAUCUCUAGCCGACUUGAAAUUGUAGACUUAAUUAGUGUAGACCAGGAAAUCCGUUCUUG